UAUUUUAGUGAUGAUGUAUUACAAUUUGUACAAAUUUUUAUUUUAAUGUGUGUUCGUUGUUUUUUGUUUUUUUUGGGUGUUACAAAUUUGUUCACGUGAAUGUUUACGAUUAAUAGACGCAACAUCGAUAAAAAGUUGCGUAUUCGGUACGUGAUGCCGGCAACGCACUUGACGCUGCGCGAAGAGGACGUGGUAAGACUGAUCUUGGAGUUCCUCCACAGUCGUGACCUUCACAUCUCGCAGCUUUCUCUGGAACGUGAGACAGGAGUGAUAAAUGGUCAAUACAGCGACGACGUACUAUUCUUGAGACAACUUAUACUUGAUGGACAAUGGGACGAUGUGUUGGAAUUUAUACAGCCACUGGAAGCACUACCGGAUUUCGACAUGAGAAAAUUUACUUAUUCAAUAUUAAGACAUAAAUAUGUUGAAUUAUUGUGCAUCAAAUCGGAAGCAAAUUUGAUAGCAGCCGGAACAAAUGGUAGCGUUGAUAACGCAGUAGAAGAAGUUGUCAAAGUUCUUAGCGAUUUGGAAAAGGUUGCACCAACCAAAGAGGAAUACAGUAGUUUUUGUCUAUUACUAACACUUCCACGAUUAACCGAUCAUUUACAAUACAAGGAUUGGAAUCCUAGUAAUGCUAGAGUACAAUGUUUUCGUGAGGUACAUCCAUUGGUGGAAAAGUUUUUACCGGGUGAUAGAAAAUCAAACGAUUUAGUUCAUCCUGUAACAUCUGCGAAAAAUGACAGGCUUAUUCAAUUGAUCAUCAAGGGUAUUCUGUACGAAUCAUGCGUUAAUUAUUGUCAAGCUAAAGCAACUGGUUUGAAGGAGAGUGAACAGGUCGAGAUGAGUUUCUGCAGGUUGUUAGACGGUUCUAUCGGUUUUAGUGACUCAGAUCUGAGUUUAUUAUCCUGGCUUCAAAGUAUACCGCCGGAAACUUUCGCUGUACCAUUCGCUCAAAGAACAUUGAACGUUGAUGUGGAACGUCUCGAAAGGCCAUCUUUGGAAACUUCAUGGACCGAACACAUGUUAAUAACACCCAUCAAACCGAAGACUUUUCCUCACAGUGCUAUGCCCUUUACCAGACCUAGAUCGGCAGCAGACAUGAUGUCACGUAGUUUGGUGCCAGCUUUGGAAGCUGGUCCAGGUCCUAAAAAUAUGCCAAUACCAUCGGCAGCUUUGAUGGCAUUAUCCACUGGUGACAUCAAUCUUAUGUCAAGAUCCUCCUUCGCAAGUUUCCACUUAACCGGUUUCAAAAAUAACAAGUUAAUGAAUACUAGCGUUGACAGGCUAUUCGAGAACGAAGGUGAUGUCUUUCUUAGUUCUAGUUACGCUGAUUUUCAACUUUUACCGUCGAUACAAGAAACAACUACUACUACUACGACUACUAGUAAUAGUAAUAGUCAUCCUAAAGCUCCACCUAGGAUCAGAGGACAAUCAAAAAGUCCUGAAGGAAUUAAAGCGGCAGAUCCUUCAGCAGCAUCCACACCGGAACGAAGAAUUUCAGGCAGAGAAUCACCAGCACCAUCGACAGCUAGGAGUUCUAGAAGAGACUCAUUGGCUGAAAAACCUACAGGUGUUGCUGCAAAGAUUACGGAACCAUCGGUAAUCCCAAGCAGAGCUAUGCCAGUGGAUCAAUUUGAACAAAGCUAUAACGGUGAUCUAUUUAAAGAAUAUCAGAAACAAAAACAGAAGUUGCAAGAGACUAUUCAACAGAAGGAAAGGGAAAGGGACGAAUUGGUGAAACAAUUGUCGACCCCGUUGCCACCUCAAAUUAUUGAAAAACGACUACAAGCUGAUGGUAUAAAACAACCUUUAGGUAGUAAAGGUCCAUCGCCAGUUCACGCAAGUACACCUGUCAGAUCUGGUAUCCAAUCACCAAAACCUUUGAUCAAUGGUUACGAUCAAGUCACAAGGCAAAAUUCAGCACCGUGUGUCAACGAAUCAGGGAUUCACGAGAGUCAUUAUGAUAUAGUCAAGACAACAAAGCAAGAACCCAGACCGGAUUUAGAUGUUAGCAAUGGAAGUAGCAAUGGUGGUAGGCCUAGAUUUGUUCCAGUUACCGCAUUGGAGGAUGUACAAGCAGUACGUUGUGCCGAAUUUCACCCCCAUGGUAAAUUAUAUGCCGUGGGAUCUAACUCAAAAACCGUACGAAUAUGCGCUUAUCCUAAACUCCAUGAUGUCAGAGAGGAUCAUCAAACUUAUCAACCAACUGUUUUAUCAAAAAGAACGAAACACCAUAAGGGUUCGAUAUAUUGUCUCGCUUGGACACCUGAUGGUCAACUUAUGGCAACCGGAAGUAACGAUAAAACUGUCAAACUUAUGCGUUUCAAUGCUGAAACCUCAAGUCUCGAAGGUCAAGAGGUAGAAUUGACGAUGCACGAUGCUACGGUUCGUGAUUUAUGCUUUUUGGAGGAUACAUCGAAUAAAUCAAGUUUGUUGAUAAGCGGUGGUGCUGGUGAUUGUAAAAUCUACGUUACCGAUUGCACAACAGGUACACCUUUCCAAGCACUCAGUGGUCACAGUGGACACAUUUUAACCCUUUACAAUUGGGGAGGUGCCAUGUUUGUCAGUGGAUCACAAGAUAAAACUGUUAGGUUCUGGGAUCUUAGAACACGUGGUUGUGUUAAUAUGGUUACACCUGCAACGGUACCUGGUAGCAGGUAUUUAAUGUCGUUUCAGGUUGGCAGUCCAGUUGCUGCAUUAUGCGUUGAUCCUUCAGGACGCUUAUUAGUAUCAGGACAUGAGGAUAGUAGUUGCGUACUUUUUGAUAUUCGUGGUGGUAGAACCGUUCAAUGUUUCAAACCUCAUGCAGCGGAUAUACGAAGUAUACGUUUUUCACCUUCCGCUUAUUAUCUACUCACAGGUGGAUACGAUAAUAAGUUGGUACUUACUGAUUUGCAAGGUGAUUUAACAAUGCCACUUCCAAGUGUGGUGGUAGCUCAACACCAGGACAAAGUAAUAUCAGGACGUUGGCAUCCAACGGAAUUCUCAUUUCUCAGCACGUCGGCUGAUAAAACUGCAACAUUGUGGGCCUUACCACCCAUAUAGAAGGAAAACAAAAAAUCUUGUAUUUUUUCUCAUACGUUAUUAUUACUAUUAAUAUUAUUAUUAUUAAUAUUAUUUAUUUAUCCAUUUUGUAAUGAUCAUUCAUUGCAAUUAUCGAAUGAUCGUUUGUUCUACGUUCAAGUAAUUUUUAUUUCAUUCAAGUAUUAUUCAUUUCAUUAAUUUUUAAAUCAAAGACGAAACAAAUGAUCGUGUGGAAUAAGUAAAAAUAUUAAAAAAAAAAAGACAAGACACCGUAAAACAAACGAUUUGUAUUCGAUAAUAAAAUAAAGGACUAACACAACAGGUCCCCAUAAGUUUAUUUCAUGCUUCGUUUUUGACCAAUUAAAAAUGUGCACGCACACAUUAGAAUUAUUAUUAUUAACAGGAAAAAAAAUGGAAAAAAAAAGAAAAUACGGAUUGAUCAUAAUAUCGUUUACUGUAUUGCGCUUUUGAGUAUCUCGUUUAUUGAAAAGAAACACGAACAAAAAUAAUUAAAAAAAAAAAAAAAAAAUGUCAAGCGAAGUGUAGAGGUUAAGUUAAGAAAAAAAUGACGGAAAUUCGAAGUUUGAAGUUUGAUUAAGUAAGUUUAAAAAAAAAA